CUCUUCCAUCUGGGCGUCUUCCUCCCCUGGGCUGUUCCGGACGAGACGCGUCCCUCCCUCCGCCCCUCUGAUCCUCUUAUCAGCGAGUAAGCAGCCAAGAUGGAUGUUGUAAACCAGUUGGUGGCCCAAGGGCAGUUCACUAUACUCAAACAACCUCUGGGAUUUAUAAAAGUUCUACAAUGGAUCUUUGCCAUCUUCGCCUUCUCGACAUGUGGCAGCUACUCCGGCAUGUUCAAGAUGUCCGUGGAGUGUAAAAACCGGUCGGAGAGUGACCUAAGCAUGGAAGUAAAAUUUGAAUAUCCAUUCAGGCUCCACCAGGUUUACUUUGAUGCCCCCAGCUGUAAGGGAGAGAAGACCGAGCGUCUGUUCCUGGUAGGGGACUACUCCUCCUCGGCUGAGUUCUUCGUCACCAUCGGUGUGUUUUCCUUCCUCUACUCCAUGGCAGCCCUGUCUGCUUACUGCUUCGUUCUGGAGAAGUACCGCGAAAACAACAAAGGGCCUCAGAUUGACUUUAUCGUGACGGCGGUGUUCACCUUCUUUUGGCUGGUGUCUUCCUGUGCUUGGGCUAAAGGCCUGUCGGACGUGAAAACAGCCACCGAUCCAGAUAAGGUCCUCACUCUCAUCCCGGCCUGUGACGAACCCGAGACUACCUGUCGUGAGCUUUACGAGCCCAAGGUCUCCGGCCUGAACACAUCCGUGGCUUUUGGCUUCAUCAACCUGAUCCUGUGGAUAGGAAACCUGUGGUUCGUGUUCAAGGAGACCGGCUGGCUGGCUCUCUUCGGUGGAACAUACGUCCCGUCCCAGGAGAAGCAGCCCGCCCCCGAUACUUUCGCCCAGGAAGGCUACGCUCAGCAGGACCCCUACGCCGGCUCCCAGGGAGGCUACCAGCCCGACUACGGCCAGCAGGGAGGCUACACCGAGGAAGGAGGCUACAGCCAGGGCUAUGAGCAGCAGCCCACCUCCUUCUCUAAUCAAAUGUGAGCCUGUCCAGCCAAACCAGCGCUGCAGGAUGGUGACCUUGUGAUUUGGGAGUGUGGCUCUCGACCAUCGCCUGCAUUUCCACACUCCGUUGUGUGUCUGUGUGUGUAUAUGUGUGUUGACAGGCGGAGGAAGGGAAGCAUGGAGGGCACAACCUGGUGCGGCCUGGAUCACGGCCGUGUGAGGGAUGGGGGAUGGGGGUGGGGGUUGUUUGGGGGGUCUUAACUGUAACAUGAUGUUUAUUCUCGUGAUGUAUUUAACUGUAGAAGACAACAGAGGAUUGUCUGUUUGGUUAUACGAGAAAAACUUGAAUACAAAUACCAAAACAUUCGUUGACGAACAUUUAAGAGAAACCUUGUAAUGGAAAAAGAAUAAUAUUUAUGGAGAAAAAAAAAAAUUGUAGUAAUAUUUAACUUGGGAGAAUGUACUUGUAUGUGCUGUGUAAAUAUCAACAGGCGAUUAUAUAUACACAGUUGAAUAAUUGUGCACUCCAUAUUAGUUGUUAUACAACAAAUGUUGAGCACAGAGUUAUUCAAUUGCAUUUACUUUGGUUCUUUUUAGGAGCUCACAUAGUUUGACCUUUGCCCUUCAAGUCCCUUAAAUUGUUCACAACACAACUGAUGGUUUUUAUUUAUUUAUCUCAGAAUCUGUGAAUUUGUUUCUUCUUUCUUUUCUUUUUUUUAAUCCCUUGUGUCACGGAAAAUGCGACUGAAGUGUAAAAGGGAAAAUGAAAAGAGAAUCAUCAGUGAGUAAUCAAAGAUAAAUAUAUAAUAGUAGAAGUGAAUGGAUGACAACAGUGGGCUAAAAGUAGGUUGUUUCCACUUUAUUUAUGUUUUUAUAUAUAUAUUUUUCCAUCAAAUAUCACUGUCAAGAGAGGGUGAACUCUCAUAAUACACGGAACAUGUUAAAUCCUGAAAUACAGAAGUGAAAAAUAACAUAGGGGUUAAGAAAAUUAGCGAGCAUGGUAGCAUC